AUUCUUCCUCGCUGUGCGUGUGUGUGUGUGUGUGUGUAAGGAGAAGUGAAACGAACUUCACAAUGUCAGUCGUCGCCAUUAACAAGGAACUUAACUUGAGGGGAAAAACUGCGACUGUUUGACAAUGACCUCCAGUAUAACGUGUUUGUUUAAAGAUCAAUAAAUUAAAGAUCGGACAUGUCCGGACUGUACUGCAUCAGACCUGAUCUGAUUAGUGAUGAAGAUCUGGACUGCUGGAGGACGAUCGGUGCCGGUGGAUUUGGACAGAUUUACCGGGCCAGACACACCAAAUGGGGAAUAGAUGUUGCCGUAAAGUCUUUACUUUGUGGUGGCGGAUGUGUGUCUACUCUUCAGAGAGAAGCACGUCUUAUGUUUCAGGGUGGGAAUCCCAACGUCCUCAGAGUUUUCGGCUUGUACGAGGGUCACUUGGGCAGUACACAAAACCCGUCUCGCCACGGCCUGGUGAUGGAGUUCAUGGAGAAGGGCUCUCUGGCAGAUCUCCUGCAGCAUUUGGGCGGACCUCCUGCCUGGCCGCUCACCUUCCGCAUCAUUCAUCAGAUUGGUUUGGGAAUGAACUUCCUGCAUCAGCUGUCGCCUCCUCUCUUACACCUGGACCUGAAGCCCAGUAACGUGCUGUUGGAUGACAGCCUCAAUGCCAAGCUGACAGAUUUUGGCUUGUCCCGAGUGGCUCGUAGCCUUUCUAAGAGUGUCAGAGAGAAAGACGAGAUGGAGGGUGGAACCCUGAGCUACAUGCCUCCUGAAGCACUGAACUCUUUGAAUUACAAACCAUCUAAAGCCUCUGACAUUUACAGCUACAGUGUGCUGCUGUGGUCUAUCAUCACCGGUCAGGAACCUUACAGCUACUCUGUGUCCAGUCUGGUGCGGUUUCGUGUGGGUGAGGGGGACAGACCUGAUCUGGCAUCAGUAGACUGCAGUCAGGCAGAUGGGUUGGCUGAUAUUGUUGAACUCAUAAAAAGGUGUUGGGUUAAGGAGCCCGGCAACAGGCCGUCCUUCAGAGAUUGUGUUGAUGUGACUGAAAAGAUCUUUGAGAUGCACAAGCGUGAAGUGAGUAAAGCUGUCGGUGACGUCCUGAAGACAUUGGAUGAUGAAAUCUGUUCUAGUUUGAAGUCAAUCGAGAUCACUCCAAGACCUCAGAAUGAAGUUGGUCCUCAGGUGUCGUCCUGUGUCACAGGAGCUCCUCCCAAACAGGAAACAGCUGCUGAUCACACCAGAGAGUCCAGAAAACCAGAAGCAUUUUCUCAUCCGACUGCUGGCAAGGAGAAAAAGCUUCUGAAAACCCCGCAGCGUCAAACAUCAACACCAGGCGGCGUCCGCAUCAACAUGUCUAAUGUUUUUGGAGUUCAGAUUGGCAACGGCAACUGCAUGAAUAUUGUUCAGAAAUCUCGCCAACGGCACCGGACGGCUCCCUCGAGCGUCAACGACACUUUUAACCACUAAGAGAGACAUUGAUAAACAUCUUCUUUCGUCCUGCUCGGAAACUCCGUCGAUGUGGAUUCUUUCAAGUGCCAUAUCAAGCUUUUCAAGUGUGACUUGAAUCAAAAGAAAGACAUCGGACAUUAGAAAAUUUUGCGUUGUACCAUUUUAAUGACGGCAUUUUGAUUUUCACGAGUCUGGUUCUCACACAUACAGUACUUUUAUUACAUUUUGCAGUAUA